CAUUCAACUCACAUCAACAACUCUACAACACCACUUCCAAACAACACUUCUUUCUUCCACAAGAACCAACCAAUCCAACCAACCUUCAAAAUGCAGUUCACCAUCACCGCCGUUCUCGCUUUCGCCGCUACCGCUGCCUUCGCUGCUCCCCUUGAGGAGCGCCAGGUUGGCCUCUGCUCUUCCGGCAACCCCGUCUGCUGCGCUACCGAUGUCCUAAACCUCGCCAACUUGGACUGCGCUCCUCCUACCACCUCCCCCACCAGCAUCAACCAGUUCAUUGACGGAUGCGCUGCGGCUGGCCAGCAGGCCAAGUGCUGCCUUGUCCCUAUCCUCGGCCAGGCUCUCCUCUGCUCCGACGUCAACCCGACUGCUGAGGCCCCCGCUGCCUCCGCAUAA